AUGGGUGAAAGAUUGUUACUUUCGUGGCAAGCUCCUCAUGACUCCCGAUCUGUUAAGAAGAAUGUCGUUGAAGGGAAUUUCUUUGCAGGGGGCAAAGAAGCUUCCUUUGUUACGGGACUUUGCGACUCUUUCAAAACUCUACUUCACACAAAUCAGCUGAUAUGCUUUGCUGGCCAUGCCAUGCGGACUAUGUAUAGAUGUAUGAUGGCAUGUGCCAGUCUUAUCCCAGUCUCUUAUGAUGAAGUUCAGGAUCCCGAUGAUACAUUGAAGCGGAAGACUUUUGAGCUACUAUAUAAGAUGACAAAGUCCACCAAUGUUGAAGUCAUAGUUGAUAGGAUGAUUGAUUACAUGAUUAGCAUCAAUGAUAAUCAUUAUAAAACUGAAAUAGCUUCACGUUGUGUUGAGCUUGCCGAACAAUUUGCACCAAGCAACCAAUGGUUUAUCCAGACUAUGAAUAAGGUCUUUGAGCAUGCUGGUGAUCUUGUAAAUGUCAAAGUGGCACACAACCUAAUGAGGCUUAUUGCUGAAGGGUUUGGAGAAGAUGAUGAAGGUGCAGAUAGCCAAUUAAGAUCAUCAGCUGUAUGUAUUUCUGAUGACUUUUCCUGCCUGUGA